AUGGGUCAGUCAGACUGGGAUGCUCAUCGGGCCGAGAUCGAGCGCAUCUAUCUCAGAGAACGCAAAUCGCUGAACGAACUGCGCCAGUUCAUGGAAUCCACGUAUGGGUUUCGAAAGACAAAAUAUCAGUACGAGGCACAAUUCAAACAAUGGGGCUUCAAGAAAUAUCGCAUGGGUGCCGAAAAUUGGAAAUACGUCAAGCGACAGAUUGAGAAGAGAACCAACGAUGGAAAACAGAGCGAUGUAUUUAUCGAUGGUACCCUGCGCUCUCCCAAAACUGUUCAGAUGGAGAUACGUCGACAGGGUUUCCAAACGGCGAUUGAAAAAUAUUCCACAGAACCAUCUCCUCCAGGCACAAUUGGAGUCGUGGUUUGCUCACCUGGUCCCUCGGCGUUACAGCUGCUCUGGCCUCCGAACUUGCCAUGGUUCAUUUUCUCAAAAGCCGCUUUGCGUAGCAUUGAAAGGAACUGCUCGUCGUGGCACUCGGCUGUAAAUGCAACCAUGUCGAAUCAAACCUUUUCGCCGACCCAAAAAAGAGGAAGGGCUGUUCAACUCAUCAAUAGCGGUGUCACUAAUGGUCUUAGUUCUCUUCUAGCUGGGAAGGCAGUUGACUAUUUACGUACCACCCAGUGCAGCUUGCGAGUAGCCGCAAUUUUAAGUUCCAUCAUGCCAGAAGAACACCAAGGGGAAAAUAUGCUAAUAUCAGAAUGUCUUUGUGGACUAAGGGGCGAGGCUGAUAUCAUGGAACGACUGCGUGUGGCUCUCUUUUUAGUGUCUAAUAGUUUCCGAGUCGGUGAUCCGGAUGAAAGUUCUUAUAAACACCGCGCCGGGCAGGGAAGACAACGGCGAUCUGAUUCUGUCAUUACUGAAGAAGACCGGAUAUCAAAGCAGGACGAAACGAUCAUGGCAAUAUUUUAUAUGUCCGGCCUAAAUACCGUGCAGAGUGUCAAACGUUUACUAUCCACUCCAGGCCCGACAGCACAUGCCAUUUCUCUGAAGCUUUGGACAAGCGCUGUGAGAACCCAUGAUUUAAAAGCUAUCCGAGUGGCACUAAGAGCAGGAAUAAGUCCAGACACCCAAGUCAUUUUUGAGGAUUCUCCGGAACGACCUUUGAUAGUUGCCGCUGAAUCCGAAAACCCAGCGGUGGCGUUGCAAAUGACUCGUUUACUUUUGUCUUAUAAUGCUGGGUCUGACGACUCCGAGGUGCUGCAAGAAGCCCUUUACCAUGCUACAAAGUCGAAGAACCUGGAACUUGUGGAUAUCCUUCUUUCGAGAGGAGUGCACGUCUCUGGAACCACGUUGAAGGCCGCAAUUGAGUCGGAAAUUCCUAGCCUCUUGCAAACCUUACUAGACGCUGACUGUGAUGUUAAUAAACGAGCUGACAAUCUCUUGACUGCUGGUUACUCGAUCCUCGGCAUUGCAGUGGAAAGGAAUGAUGCUCUUCUAGUCCAAAAGAUUCUUGGCCUCGGUGCGAACGUCGAUGUACAUCAGGAUGUCUCAUUCAGGGAGGGGAUUACGUCUUACGUUUGCUGGAGCACUACACUUGGCCUGGCGGCGGUGAAAGGAAAUGACGUUAUCAUAGAUCUUCUUCUAGCGGCUGGUGCAGAUGUCAAUCACGAAAGUAGUGAAAGAUACUAUAUCCCUCCACUCGUGCUUGCCGUAGCGAACGGCCAUAAAAGCGUUACCAAACGUCUGCUCGAAGAGGGUGCUGAUGUGGCUCGCGGGGAUGCAACUCGGGACAAAACGCUGGUCCAAAGAGCCCUGGCUAGAGAUGACCUCGAAUUAUGCAGGAUCCUGAUGGCAGAAGGCGCUAUCGUGGAUGCAGAGCUGAUGCAGGAUUAUUAUUCCUCAACACUAAUGAAAAAAGUGAAUGAAAACGACGUCGACACUGUAAGUCUCCUGCUUAGCUGGGGGGCAAGAGUGGAUGACAUUCAUAAAGGAGCACCGGACACAGUGCUCGGAGCUGCCAUCAGUAAGGGAAAUUGCGAAAUGAUUGAAAUACUUCUGCGAGCCGGUGCUGUGAAUACUGGGGAAAAGCUGAUCCGCAUUGGAAAUGUUCAGACGGCAAGGUAUCUAGAGAACUGCGGAAGGCUAGACGACAUUCUCCUUGCAUAUGGACAACCUAUUCUUGUAUCCGCCAUCAAGAGCAAAACGGAUGCUUUGGUAGAAUUUCUUCUAGAGCGUGGAGUAGAUCGACAGAGCGGGAAUAUUGGACGUCGGCCAUUUCAAUCCGUCACGAGACAUGACUCGGACACCAGCGAUGUAACUUGCUCCCCACUGGCAGCAGCAACAUUCUGGGGAAAUUUUCCGCUGGCAAAAAUCCUUGUUGAACGUGGAGCGUCGAUUUCCGAUCUUGAGCUCUGUGAAGCUGUAAAACACACGAAUUUCGACUUUAUUGAUCUUUUCUUGCGUCAACUCGUUCACCGUCCUUGUGCAGCCCCAAACGCCUAUGCAAAAGCAAUCCAAUACCCUCAUACUGCUUUCAUCGUCGAUCGCUUUCUAGAUGCCGGAAUAGACCCGCGGGGCAAAGUCGUAUCUAACGGUUUCUCUUCAUUGCUAUAUCUCCAUCAGCUGCACGGCACCAUCGACACCGAGCUUUUAGAAUCCGUACUAGAGCAAGCUGUGAUAUGGCAGAGUGGGAGGUUCCUUCAAACCUUCCUCAAGGUCACAACAUGGACUAGUAUAGCAAAGGGACGUGCUCUGACAGUGUGUCUUCGCUACAAAAACACACACUUAGUUCAGGAUUUAUUGAAUGCUGGAGCUGAUGUGAACCAGCAGAUAAGCAUCCAUCCGACCCAUUCAAUGCCGCUUGUAAUGGCGGUACAGAUGCAAGACGUCUCUCUGAUCAGAAAAUUGCUUGGAGCUAGUGCAGAUAUCAAAUGGAUACCUCCAGAACACGGAGACACGAUUCUGCAACGCGCUGUCAGAACUGGUAACAAAGAAAUCGUGGAUAUCCUGAUCGCUGCAGGGGCUGAUGUAAACGCCCCAGCCUCCAGACGUCGUGGAAAGACCGCAUUGCAGCUAGCGACACAUGAUGGAAAUAUCGAACUUGUAGAAACCCUUCUGGGCGCCGGGGCAGACGUUAACCAAGAGCCUGCUGAAGAAGGCGGGGCUACCGCAUUGCAAUUUGCUUCCAUCCGAGGAUAUAUCGGGAUUGCGCGCAAGCUGCUGGAUGAGGGUGCUGAUGUAAAUGCACCAAAGUCUAUAUUCUGGGGGAGGACAGCGCUGGAGGGAGCUGCUGAAGGUGGUCGUAUUGACAUGCUUCAAUUGCUUCUUAAUGAAGGGGCAUCGGUGCAAGGCGCGGGAAGGAGACAGUAUAUAAGGGCGAUUAAGCUUGCUGAGAAACGUACGCAUUACGCUGCAGCCGAGCUACUCAGAAGCUGUGGGGGAUGGAGUGAAAGUGACGAACUUCGGCUCGAAUUGGAGCUUUUUGAUGUCCAAGAAAAGGUUGCAAUACAUCGACAGCGAGCUAAAGAGAAGGAAUCGAGUGAGUCAGGGUAA